GCAGUACACUAUUUUAUUGAUUCUGAUUUCAGAAUAUCUUUUCAUUGUUAGGAAAACAGUGUGCAAUGACUGCUUGCAAUUUAGACAGUAUAUAUGUACAGUGUAUGUUUAGAACCCUUAGACCUGGGUCUCUUUUGGUUAAGAUUUGCCAGACACAGUAGCAGCUAGACAUUGAUACCAGAGAAAAAAAUCAUAGCCAUCAUCUAUAAUUUUUAAAGUCAUGGCCGAUGACGAAGAUGUAAUGUUUGACAGGGCAUCUCUAUUGACUAACAAAGUUAAAACUUGGGAGAAAGGUGAAGGCAGAUAUUUCAAGACUGUCAGCCUUUGUAUAGCCUUCAUGGGACUUGGAGCAUGUAUAGCCUUGCCAGGGCCAACACUCAUAGACUUGAGAGAACAGGUUCAAACCACUGUCCAAUAUAUAAGCUACAUCUUCAGUGGCAGGUCAGCUGGCUAUCUUGGUGGGUCAAUCUUAGGUGGAAUAGUGUUUGAUCACAUGAAUCACCACCUGUUUCUAAGUGCCAUCAUGUUGCUGACUGCUGUUGCUACUUUCCUGUUACCUUUUGUGAAGAAGCUCUGGUUGUUGGCAUUUGCCAUGGCUGCUCAAGGUAUAGCUAUGGGAUGCUUGGACACAGGUGGAAAUGCACUUUGUCUCAGUAUAUGGGGAAAGCACAGUGGUCCUUAUAUGCAGGCCAUGCAUUUUGCAUUUGGAAUUGGUGCGUUUUUAGCACCUCUUGUAGCAGAGCCAUUAUUAUCACAUCCACCCAACAACAUAAGUGUUUUAAACAAUCUGUCAGAGAGAGAAAUAUAUUCAGAUGUCUCUCAAAGAGUGAAGAGGAAUGCAAUAAGUAAUGAAACAACUCCUACAGUCUCAACUGUUAAACUGACUACACUAUUUUCCUCCCCUGCAACUGACCAUCAUAAAAAACCAAAAAAAACAGAAAGUGAAAAUCAAUCACCAAAUGCUGCUGAUGCCACUAAUGUUAAAAUUGAGUUACAAAAGGCCAGAGAUCCAAAGAAAAUAUCUGUUUGGUCAGAUCCAUACACUACCACCAAUGCUUCUUUCUUAUCCACAUCAUCUACAACACCAAGUAAACCUCUCAGUUCUGAAACGAAAUUAACAACAAACAGGCUCCCCACAACCACUCCCACCCCUGCAACCAUUUUUUCCACUUUAACCAAUACAACCCCUCACACUCCCCCUACGACCAUCUCUGCCACCUUGACUAUCCCUACUACUACUACUACUACUACUACUACUAGUACUACUACUACUACUUCUCCCCGUCCUCCUACUACUACUACACCAACUGCCACUACAACUACAACUACUACUACUCCCCCCACCACCCUUUCCCCCGCUAACACUAAAGUUGCGACCAUACCCACACCAUCCCAAAAACAGCUGCCCAACACUGUGUUCCCCUCUGACCCUGUAGUCCCAAGAGGAGAGGAUAAAGACAACAGUUCUAAUAUAACAGUAACACCACCUGCAUCUGAUGACAUUUCUGAUGUUACUAAGAAACCCAACAGUUCAGUAAUAGGAGGCAGGAUACAAGAGUUGUUGGAGACCAUAAAGAGUGCUUCUAAAAUGCAGUAUGCUUACAUUGGACUAGGCAUUUUCUUGCUGCUGUGUUCUGCACUGUUCCUGGUAACAUGCUGUAGUGAAUACAGAAACCCACCUAGGGUUCAAAAUGAAGAGAUUGAAAUAUCUGACACACGCAAGGACCCAUGGUGCUUCAAACUUCAGCUUCUGUUUCUGCUUUUCCUAUUCUAUGCUUUGUAUGUGGGUUUAGAGAUCUCAUUUGGAGGAUUGGUCACCACUUUUGCUUAUGAAGACCUACACUGGGACAAGCCGCGUGCUGUUCAGCUGGUGACCGUGUUCUAUGGUGCCCUCUCAGCUGCUAGGGGUCUGUCCAUCUGUAUCUCCAAGUUUAUGACGCCAUCCCUGAUGUUGGUGUUAGACUUAGGUCUAUCUGCAUUUUCUGUAACUAUAAUGAUGUUUUUUGCUGAAAAGUAUGAGAUUGUGAUGUGGUUGAGUACAGCAUCAUAUGGUAUGGGUUUAGCAUCCAUAUUUCCAGCUGGAAUAUCCUGGGCAGAGAACUACAUUCACUUAUCUGGGAAAGCAACGUCUGUAUUUGUAGUAGGAGCUGCACUGGGAGAAUUAUUUUUUCCUCCCCUCUUGGGGUAUUUUAUCAAAGGGAACUCCAUGUACUUUGUGUAUAUCACGUGUGGAGCCAACAUAUUGACUUGUGUGGUCUUUGUGAUUAUGUACAGAUUGGCCUCUAGCAGAGGAGAGAGAUAUUUGAAGUUGCCGCAGAGACUUGAGUUUGACAAUGAUGCAGAUGACACAAUGGAGAUGGAACACUUCGAUAGCAAACCAACACAUCCCUUAUUACCUUCCUCCCCGGGCCAUAGUCAAGCAAAGAAGAAAGUGACAUUUGACAUUAAAAAACUCAAAAAUGGGGGAAAACAAGAUUGAUUAUGACCUUGAUAGAAAUUGGGGUAACUAAACUCAAUACCCCAAAAGGAUUUUGGAGAAUAUUUUAGGGCCUUUUGUUACAUCUGGGCAAUAUUAUAUGUUUGGGAUGGUAGUUGUUAAGGGUGCUUUCUCUUUUUCCAGUUUUCUCUGUGUUGUAUCUCUUGCUACUGUAAUGCAAUUAUAAAAAUGUUAUGUCAUCUGACACAUUAAAAAUGUAAGUGGAAAUAUUGUUCUUUUGUUGGAAAUGUAUGGGCACUGUGAACCAUAUUUAUUCAAGAAGGUAUUGAGGGAAUAUCUUGAGCAAUGGUGUAAAAUAUUAUUUUGAGAGUUCAGGUUCUAAUAACGUAAAUACUCUUCUAUGUUCAUCAUUGUUGCCCCCGAUAAACAGAUUUUAUGUUAUUUGCUUUCACUGCAUGCACAAAUCUAUUUUUUAAUCAAAUUGCUUUAAAGCAAACUACUACACAAUUAUGCAAAUAUAACAAGAUAGAGUCUACAUGAAGUCUAUUGGAAGAAAAUAACUUAUUUUUUACAUUUUAUGGUUGUUAAGUUGGGUAUGAGCCUUUUGUUUAAGUUAUACAACUUGCCUUUUAUAAGUGAAAUUCACUGUUUAAGUUGUUUAAUUGUUGCAUAAUAAAUGUGGUAUUAAAGUACAUAGGAAACUUGCCAUCAUGAAUGCAAAAAUAUUACUUAAUAGUAUGUUGGAAAAUAACAGUAUAUAUACUGUGCCACUAUAACAAAUAAAAAUUAAUAUGUAUGAGUGUUUUUUAUUUGUGUGUAAUUUAAGAGGGAAUUGUUUUUGCAAAAAUGUUAAUAAUGUUUGCAAGAAGUAUAUAAUGGCUCUUAAGGUGAAGUAGGGGCAUAUUAAGCAUCUAUUGUUAGCAAACACCUUUUAUGGUAGAGAAAUCCAGUAAGUUCCACCAUUUGAAAAGGAAAAAUGCAGCUUGAAAUGAAUGGGCAGCACAUAUGUAGCUAAUAUUUAUUUUGUUUGUUGUUUAAUUAAAAUGAAAUAAAAAGAA